ACCAUGUGACUGAGAAGGAAUCACAGACGCACUACAUUCCUAUUCGAAGAAAUUCCAGGUACUACCGCUCCAUCAGACUUCGGAACAGAGGGAAAGGGAGGAGCAGCAGAGAUGUUCAAAGUGAAAAUGUUGAAGGUAAGUAGCUGUCUACGUAGUUACUCUCCCUUCUUUGCCCAUUGAGACUGAGGGUUAUGGGUAAAAGUAAAGCAAGGGUUGGGGGAGAGGGUUUACAGGAAGAACAGUGACAGACUUCUUAAGACUCUAGAAUCUGGGUCCCUGCCUUCAUACACCGGCUGCACCUACUGGAUAUCAAGUUGCUGCAAGUCUGAAACUGCAAAAACAAGAGAGAAAGCCAAACGGGGUGAGAUCUGAUGCCAUUUCACUUACAAUGAAGCUCUGUUUGGUUGGCAAGACCCACAACUAAAGAAGGAACAAACAGCAAGAACAAGCAAAAUAUUUUAUACAAAUGAGAAUGUCUACUGGAGCAAGAGACAUAUUAGCAGUAGAGUGCUAGACAAGUUUACACACAAGUCCAUUAAGUGCAAUGGAACUUACUCUUUAACAAGUGUGUGUGUUUAGACUGCAGCCUUGAGAACCAAACACAACAAGAUUAUUGUUGUCUAAACCACACAGCAAAGUAAUUAAUAAUACUUAGCAUGUAUAUAGCACAUCUUAACCAUUCAAAAUUCUUCCUCUACAUUAUCUUGAUGAUUGUCGUGCUUCUGCCAAUAAACUUUUCUUUGACGCCAGGUAAAGACAACUUUUGUUGUCGGCAAAGAAGUGGGUGUCUCCCCAAAGAGAUAGCUGUUUUUUUGCUUCUCCUUCUGGAAAUGAGCUUAGAUACCGGUAACAAAUUACCCCAUCCUAAUGCCCGCUCACAGAAGACUGGGCCCAUUCUUUCUUGCAAUAUAACACACAAGGUAAGUCUCUUCCCUUUCUCCAAGCAGAUACCACAAGACUAAAAACUUCUACUUAAUAUGCUGCUCCAGUCAUCAUAGUAUGGUUUAUGGACAAAAUGAGCUCUUUUGUAUGCUAGGGCAGACAUUUCUCCACCCAGUGAAUGCAGUAUGCAGCAAGGCUAACAAAACCUGAGUCACCUGAGCUCAAGAGAGCCUCUGCACCAAGCCUGGUGCAGAUGAGGAGAAUCUGACCUACACACAGCACAGAUUCACAACAACUGUAAAGAAAGUCGUCAUUGCCUGUUUCAGUCCCAGCAGAAUCUAUUUGAAAACAAGCUGAUCUCCUACAAGUUACAACUUAAAUCUGUGUAGUCUGACCAGUUGUGGUCCUACCCACUCUCUGCUGUUCCAUUGCUGAAGCAGCAGCUGCUCACCCAAAGAACUGGAAGAGGAAUUCAUGACGUCUUCAGAAUGUAAGAGGACUUUAUGAAGAGCCAGGGAAUCUCUCUUUCACCUAAGCUAACAUUUAUUCAGACAACCAGCAGAGAAUUAUCUUCAGCCUUCAUACCUCAAUGGGUACUGUGUGUCCCUGUAAAGCCUAAAUCUUGGGCAUACGGAGAACCUCAUCUUGCAGCAUUAGCUAAACUACAUGGACAGCAACAAUGGCCUCGCUAAAAAAUGGUAAUGCCAGAAAUGAGCUUCUGAACAAAGAUGAAUUGUUACGCAUAUUUCACAAGGGCCUGUCUCUACAUGUAAAACGAGAUAUGACAGCCGCGGAAGAACAAUGGUUGCAAAGGCUGCUCCCUUCCUACCCCGGUUACCGUGGCAACCGCCCGGACUCCCCCAGCCCCGCGCCUGCUGCGGAAUCGCUCCGUAGCAGCAGCAGCAGCCGCUCGCUGCAGGACUCGCUGCUACUGCCGUCGCUUUCGCCGCCUCGCAUGGAGCUCCUGGCUGCCGCGCUCAGCGCUGCCUGCGCCCUGGACCAUGAAGGCUCCGCGGAGAGCGUGGCCGGAGCCCGCCCGCCCGGCAGUGAGUCUCCUUCCAUGGCUGGACCAGUUUCUAGUUCCGAAGAAAGCCCUGUGCAUCCCGACUGCCCGGCUGCUUUCCCCGAGGCUCUACAAGUGAUUCAUCCCAUGACAGCUGACUCUUGGAAAAACUUCAUUGAGCAAAUAGGGCUCUUGUAUCAAGAAUAUCGGGAUAAAUCUACACGUCAGGAGAUUGAAACUAGGCGGCUGCAGGAUUCACAGACAGAUGCAGAAGAAUGCACAGCUACUGAAGACACAGCAUCACAGACAGAAGCCACAAAUACCGAAGAAAGCAAGGCUGUUCCCCAGAUAUGCUUGCUCAGGAAUUCCACUUCCAGGUUUAAUUUGUGGCAAGAUCUUCCAGAAGUCAGGAGCAGUGGUGUUCUGAAUAUUCUCCAGCCAGAUGAGAUCAAACUUCAAGAGGCCAUGUUUGAACUGGUUACCUCAGAAGCUUCGUACUACAAGAGCCUGAACCUUCUGAUAUAUCACUUCAUGGAAAACGAGCGAUUGAAAAAGUUUCUACAUCCUUCAGAGGCUCACAUCCUCUUCUCCAAUGUCCUCGAUGUCAUGGCAGUCAGCGAGCGUUUCCUCUUGGACCUUGAGAAGCGAGUAGAAGAGAACAUUGUGAUCUCAGAUGUCUGCGACAUUGUCUACCAGCACACUAUUAAUCAUUUCUCGGUGUAUGUAACCUAUGUCUCCAACCAAACCUACCAGGAAAGAGCUUAUAAGCAACUUCUCCAGGACAAGCCAGCUUUCCGGGAGGUGAUCUCACAUUUGGAACUGGAUCCGAAAUGCAAAGGCCUGCCUUUCUCAUCGUUCUUGAUUUUGCCUUUUCAAAGGAUCACGAGGCUGAAGCUUCUGGUACAGAAUAUCCUGAAGAAAGUGGAGGAAAAGUCUGAACGUGAAAUCACUGCCCUUGAGGCUCACAAGGAACUGGAAACAGUGGUGAAGGCAUGCAACGAAGGUGUUAGGAAGAUGAGCCGUACAGAACAGAUGAUCAGCAUCCAGAAAAUGCUAGAAUUUAAGAUCAAGUCUGUGCCCAUCAUCUCUCACUCCCGUUGGCUGCUAAAGCAGGGAGAACUGCAGCAAAUGAAUGGCCCCAAAACAUCACGUACCCUCCGCACAAAGAAACUCUUCAGAGAAGUCUACUUGUUCCUCUUCAAUGAUUUGCUAGUGAUCUGCAGACAAAUUUCUAGUGACAAAUAUCAGGUAUUUGACUCUGCACCCCGAGGACUUCUACGGGUGGAGGAGCUGGAAGACCAAGGACAGAGCUUGGCAAAUGUCUUCAUCCUGAGACUCCUGGAAAAUGCAGAUGACCGUGAAGUCAGCUACAUGCUAAAGGCAUCAUCACAAAGUGAAAUGAAGCGCUGGAUGAUCUUGCUGGCUCCGAAUCGGCGAACCAAGUUUGUUUCCUUUACAUCCAGGCUCAUGGAUUGCCCUCAAGUACAGUGUGUCCAUCCUUAUGUGGCUCAGCAGCCAGAUGAGCUGUCACUGGAACUGGCUGAUGUACUGAACAUCCUGGAAAAGACAGACGAUGGUUGGAUAUUUGGGGAGCGUUUGCAUGAUCAAGAGAGAGGUUGGUUCCCCAGCUCCAUGGGUGAAGAGAUUAUGAACCCCAAGAUUCGAUCUCAAAACUUAAAGGAGUGCUUCCGGGUGCACAAGUCAGAUGACAGUCAGCGGAGGAAGAUGGGCAGCAGGAAUAGACAAUGAUCACUGCACACAGUUCUGGGCAGUUGUAUUUCAGAAACAAUGAAUGUCAGAUGCUGAGACAACGGAAGGUGGCACAAAUACCAUUUUUUUGUCAAGCAAGUCCUCUCUCCUCCAAGCUAAUGAACUUCUUUGCAUACUUGAUGCAUCAUGGAUAAUAUCUCUGAAGACAAACUUGAACAGAGGUGAGGCUGCCGUGUGCCUGUACAGAACUAGGAGCUGUAAAAUGUAAUUUCCUAUUGUAUUGCAAAGAGUGUAAAUCUCUUAACUCUGCAUGGUAAGGAAACAGUGAAUGCUGAUCAACUGGAAAAAGCACAACAAGGCCCAAGAGGUUAGCAGCCUGAUUCUUUAAUAUUCCAUCAAGUGACACAAGGUGUAGCAUUUGAUUUUCCAGUGUGCAAUCCAGGCGCACAGGAGCGCACCACCUUUGAAAGGUGAUAUCCACACUUCUACACUCAGGAAGUUUCUCCGUAGGAACUGAGUUUGGAGUACCCACACAGGCACAUCAACAGGUAUCCCUUAUAAAUAAACACAUUGGUGAUUCUUUAAAUGCAUUGGUGAUUCUUUAACAGAGGUAAAAAAAAUUAUGGCAGAGUAUAUUCCACAGAAUUAUUUAAACUGUACUCUUGGGCUACCCUGUAGAAAACUGCAGAGGAGAAUACUGAUAUAGAGAAGCUGCCUAUUGUAGCUCAAGGGCAGUAUUGCUUCAUGAGCAACUUCCAGGGGGCCAUACAACAGAGAGGAACAUGGCUAUAGACAAAAGUGAGCAGAGCAAAAGCUGGGAUGAACCUACAUUCCAACUUUAUAGAUGUCAGAGAUCCCCUACACAUGCUGCUUUCCAUCCAGGCAAGGAAGAGGAAUUAUCGCAGUUGAAGAACAUUUCAAACCAGGCAAAAGCAGUCAAGGGGGCCAUGGCUGGUGAGAGUCCCAAGGGUACAGAGCUUUUCCACACACACACCCCAAGCAUGAGGUUCUCCAUCCCUGACCUAAAAUAGGAAAGGACUAGAAAUUCACUGUUUCUCAUAGCCGUGCAGUUCACCUCCUGGACCCAUAUCCUAAGUGCAAACUAUAAUAAUCACUAGCAAUGCAAUCCUAUAGAUGUCAUUUCAGGAGUAAAACCUAUUGAGUUCAAUGAGCCUUACUCCCAGGUAAGUGCAUAUAGGAUUCUAAUCUGACUGCAUUUAAGUUUUGCAACAAAGUUCUUUGAGAGAGCCAAUGGUAGGUAUCACAAACAAUGUCUAAAUGUUGAGAGGGUGGCUGAGUGGAUAGUACAGACUUAUGCCCUGAACAAAUGCACUGACAGUAUCCCAAAGGUAUGUUUCAUUACUCAGCUCUGUUGCACAUACUAAGGAAUUUUUCAUGGGUGGGGGGAGACAAAAAACAAAACAAAAAACAAGGAGUGGAGAGAGUCAGCUCAAGGCAUGCAUGACAUUCUAUAGUCAUGCUAAAUCUGGAGAGCUAAAGAACUCAGCUAGGGCCAGCAAAUUUCUGUGUAAUUUCCCUGGUGUAUAUAUGGACUCUGAUAACAGUUUCUGUCCAGUUCAGAGAGUUUUGAAUGAAAUGCAUCCUUGUCAAUACAAGUGGAUUAAACUGAUUAUGGACCAAAUGCUCAUUCAAAGAGGAACUGAGACCACUAGGCAGCAGCAACAACAGGCUUGAGGGACAAGAUGACAUGCUUCUCUACUAAAUGUUGUCUGCAAAAGUUUUACUAAAGCAAUAGGAAGGCCUGUUGCAUGUCAGCUGAGCAUUAAUCCUCAGCUGUACACAUGAACUCUAUAAUACUUUCAAGUUGGUGUAUAUAAAUGCUUGCAAAGCCAGGAAAUAUCUUCUCCUUUGCUGCAAAAGUUAUAACUGGCAAACAAGAUGCUUCUCUGGAAGGGAGAGAAAAGAUUCACAAUAGAGAGAAUUUGACUAAGGACAAUUAUAUAGUCAACCAUGAGACAGAGAUCAAGAAAUUAAAUAUUGUAAAGCACUUUGCAUAUUAAAAGUGUUACCUAAAUAAUAACGGAUAAGGAGUAUUUAUUUAAUAGCAACACUCCCCAGGCUCCUUGCACAACGGCCUGUGUACACUGCAUUUUUCUUUUUCAAGCUACUUCACAAGGCUAUGAAUGUAUGAAUCACUUACUCUUAUACUGUCUUCAUACUGAGUCAUGCUGUUCCACCCAGCUUUGUACUAUCUGCUCAGAUUGGUCACAGCUCCUCAAGGUCUCCUACAUACCUGCCUUUCAGCUGGAAAUGCCAGGGAUUGGACCUAGGACCUUCUGCAAAACCUUUGAUUCUGCUCAACUAUUGCUACAUUUUUUUUGAAAAAAAGAUUGCCUUUCAUCCCAAAUCAGGCCUUCAAGGCAACUUGUAUAAGUACAUAAACUGAGAAAUAAAGGUGCUAUUUAGAUUUCUUCACAAAAAAUGUAACAAAACAGUCUUCCCACAUCUUUUUGGCCCAGGUAUAUAAUCACCAUUUGCCCAAUGGAUAAAGGCAGCUGCUAGAAAAAGGCAAAGCAGCCAAGGACUUUUAUUGGGAAUACUUUUUGAACCUCUUUCAGCUCUUACUUACAUGCAACUAACUUAAUUUAAAGUCAACCCAGUGUGGUGUGUUGGACUAAGACCUGAGAGACCAGGGUUCAAAUCCCCACUCUGCCAUGAAGCUCACCAGUCACUGCCUCUCAGCCUAACCUACCUCACAGGGGUGUUCUGAUAUUAAACGAGAAGGUGGUGAAACCUGCACUGCUUGGAGAAGUGGCAGGCUAGAAAUGCAAUAAAAUACAUAACAUUUAACAGUAAGGCAAUGAUAGUAACUAACAUUCCUGAUCAUUCAGUCAUGCACAGCUUUCGCUUACGCUGUUCAGCCAUGCCCCUAGCUUUACACUAUUGCCAGAAAUUGUGAUUUUUUUUUUACAAAUGAAUUUUAAACACCCACAGCCAAGGAAUAGCAUAUUGAACUGUGCAAGGCUAAGGUUACCUGAUAGCUGAGUUAUGGAAAGCAAAAAGCUCCUGGCAUUCACCACUUAACCAAUCCUGCUAAUUUAGCAAAACCUCUCUGAGAAACUCAAAAGCAGAUUGCUGUAAUUUUGAGUGCCGAGUGACACAGUGUACCAAUUAACUUCCUCCAGUUACCAGAAUUAGGUAGCUUGGUGUAUUUUUGCACACAAGCAUAGACCUUGGGAUCGCAGGCCAUUACCACCAGAAUGAAAUGUAGGAGAGGGAGGUAAUAUUUUUUCUUACUUCUUACUAUGAAAACAGAAAUGGCCAAACAAGCAGCUUUCAGUACUUUGAUUUCUCCAGCAGCUAGCUCUCACCUACUCCACCCUGUGGUCAUAAACAUGAAUGUACUAACUAAACACAUGCACAUACUGACCACAGAUUUCAUUACAUUGUAUGGGAAUGUGGCUUGUUUUCCAAAUCCGCUUCUUACAUUCAGACCUUUAAAAUAAUAUUUUAUUGAAGCACAAGUGUACAUAUUGCAACAUGACAAAAAGAUGGGUAAGCACAUGACACAUACAAAUGACUGCAGCCACAAGUAUUUCUAGACUAGAAUGCAA